AGCUCUUCGGUAUCUCCCUCAGCCAGUUUCAGAACAGCAGAAAAGCACAGAAAUUCAACAGAUUAUUCUACAGAUAGUAAAAAACAGAAAACAGAAGAGAAGGAAAUAGCAGCUCGUUAUGACAGCGAUGGUGAAAAGAGCGAUGACAACUUGGUUGUUGAUGUUUCCAACGAGGAUCCUUCCUCUCCCCGGGGAAGCCCAGCACACUCUCCACGGGAGAAUGGCUUGGACAAGACGCGACUGCUGAAGAAAGAUGCACCAAUUAGUCCGGCGUCUAUUGCAUCCUCCAGCAGUACUCCUUCCUCCAAAUCCAAAGAACUUAGCCUUAAUGAGAAGUCUACCACUCCUGUGUCUAAAUCAAAUACCCCAACUCCACGGACUGAUGCCCCAACUCCAGGCAGCAACACCACUCCCGGACUGAGGCCAGUGCCUGGCAAACCCCCAGGUGUGGACUCACUAGCUUCAGGUUUAAGGACGCCUAUGGCAGUGCCAUGUCCUUAUCCUACUCCAUUUGGGAUUGUGCCACAUGCUGGUAUGAACGGGGAGCUGACCAGCCCUGGAGCAGCCUAUGCCGGUCUGCACAAUAUUUCCCCUCAGAUGAGUGCAGCAGCUGCAGCAGCAGCAGCAGCAGCUUAUGGGAGAUCUCCAGUGGUUGGUUUUGAUCCACAUCAUCACAUGCGAGUCCCAGGCAUCCCUCCCAAUCUCACAGGCAUCCCAGGAGGAAAACCAGCAUACUCAUUUCAUGUAAGUGCAGAUGGUCAGAUGCAGCCAGUUCCUUUCCCUCCUGAUGCCCUCAUUGGUCCAGGAAUCCCUCGCCAUGCUCGUCAGAUCAACACUCUGAACCAUGGGGAAGUUGUGUGUGCAGUUACCAUCAGCAACCCCACGAGACACGUAUAUACAGGUGGGAAAGGGUGCGUCAAAGUCUGGGACAUCAGCCAGCCUGGCAACAAGAGCCCUGUCUCCCAGCUGGACUGCCUG